CACAACUCACCUGACAGAUGCAUCGUGUAAAAAUUUUAUAUUCCAGAUCAAUAGACGAAAAUGAUGGUGACAAUAUUAUCCGUUGCAUCGGUUAUCGUGGUCAUAACGCUAUCGCUGCAAAUACAACCGACACAUAGUGCGAUCCACGGCAAUCCGGACGGUUGGGCCGAUCAGUUGCGCAGACCCAUGUCCGGUCGGUUAACCGCAAAUGGCCCGAUGCGCUCCGAACGCCUCGCCUCCAAUGUUUCAUCGGCCAGCGCGCCUAGCAGCAGCGCUCCGGAUAUGUACUACUACAUAACGGACAAAUACGUCCUCAUGCGUAUCGAGACCGGGAAACCGCCGGUGCGCAUUGCUGAGAAUGUCGUCUGGUCAGCCAGCGGUUACGACGACAGCCUGUGGUACACCGACGCGGCGGGGGCUGUGUGGCGGUUGCACUAUCAUCGGGCUGCUCAAAAGGUUCUUAAUGCACCGCAAAACGUCGCGUUCGUCCGCCUCGCACCGCGCUCAUACCAGGAAGCCUUCCUGGUCACUUCCACAGGCGACCUGUACCAUUUUGUGGAGUACGAUUGGAUCAAGGACCCAUCCGCCAAGAAUGUUCGGGAUGUCGGUGUAGGAGCCGGCGGAUCAUGGAUGUACGUCGACCGUAGCAAUGUCCUCUGGUACUGGGAGUAUGUAACGCAGACCUGGAGAAACUACGAACGUAAUGGAACUGGAUUUGAUUUGUUCGAUUCGCGGCACGUGGUCGUACUGGAUGAGAAAAGCCGCGCGUUCAAGAAGAACGGGAAUGAUUGGGUGGAUGCCGGGGAGACGUGUCGGGAGGUGUUUAUUAUGGAGGAGUCGUUUUUUUGUGUGACCUUUGGCAAAGAACUCAAGCUUGUUCCGUACUGAACAAUUUUCGUGUGCAAACGCUUCCAACCAAAAGUUAUAGGCAGCUACUGCCGCUCUUCUAAUUAAAAAUUUAAGUUUGUACUGCUUUCGUGAUAGAUGCUGCUUCAUUUUACUGCAGAUUUAAUCAGAUUUUAUAGCUUUCUUACAAUAACCGGUUUUUUAUGGACGUCACAAAAGGAAGU